CGCUUCGUACGGCCUGCUGAACUUAUCCACGAAAGAGGGGAGGCCGACAAAUUUGCCAAAUCCUUUUAGUCGCAUAUUGGAUGGCAUGCAUUGAUUUAAAACAGUGAAUUUAUUGCUAAGAAGUUUUUCUUUCUCUGUCGGGUAAUGAGCCAAGAAAGAGAGACAUUUUUGCAAAACACGAAAGUUUAGAAACAUAUUGGUUACCCCCCUACAAAGAAAGUGGUAUGAUCCGGUAACUUUCUGUGACGAAAAAACAUAUAUAUAUAUAUAUAUAUAUCGUCGCCAUGUAUAAUAUAUAUAAAAUAUAUCAUAGUAUAUUUUCGAGUUUGUGUUGUGAAAUGGCGCACGCAGGGAUUCUGAAUCAAACUCAGUAUAACUGCUCGAUCUGUCAGGAUGAGCUGAAGGACCCGGUGACGCUUCCUUGUGGCCACAAUUUCUGCAAAGCCUGCAUUAAUGGCUAUUGGGACCAGGGCGUGUAUGUCUGCCCUCAGUGCAGGCAGAGCUUCACUCCGAGGCUCGUCCUGGGCACGAACGAGGUGCUGGUCUACGCGAUGGAUAAAAUAAAACAGACCGCGAUCCGUGCAGCUUCUGCGCCGAGAGCCGAGAGUCAGAAUGUGAGCAGAUCAGAAGAUCAGAGUGAGCUGGAAUCGUGUGUAAGGAGCCUGGAGCUGUUCAGCAUUGACUUUCACAAAGAUUUGGAUGACCUGAUGAACAUGUUGCCUGAACUAGAAAGCAGUACGCGUGUGCUAGGGAUUAUUCUGAGUCAGGCUCUCGAGGCAGCGUCUGUGCCACAGAGUCAGAAUGUGAGCAGAUCAGAAGGUCUGAGUGAGGUGGUACCGCAUUUAAGCAGCCUGAUGCUGGACCGCAUUCGCAAAGAUUUGGAUGACCUGAUGAACAUGAUGUCUGAACUAAAAAGCAGUAUGGGCGUGCUACGGAUUAUUCUGAGUCAGGUUCCCGAGGCAGCGUCUGUGCCACAGAGUCAGAAUGUCAGAAGAUCAGAAGGUCUGAGUGAGGUGAAAUCAUUCGCAGAGACCAUGGAGCUAAACAAAGAGAACAUUAAGAAAGUGGUUGCUAAAAUGAAGCCCAUGAUGCCUUAUUUACGAAUCAUUCUGCAGCAGAGAAUUAAGAGUCAAAGUCAGGCUCCCAACGCAGCGUCCACACCACAGGUCCAGAGCGUUGAUGUCGCCGCCUUCAACAAGAUCUGAGCUCAUGUUUGACAAUCAUCACCUAAUUUCAAACGGCUGCCUGCUGCUUUUUUAUCGCACAGUUACAAAGUGUUGAUUUCUUUUUAAUUCACAUUUAAUUGUAUAACAAUGGACAUUUCCCCCAUUCAGCAUUGCAGAAUGCAAUA